AUAAGAUCACAUCAUAUUGCUUUUGCUAUAAAUACAUUUUGAGUCUUUGCUAAUAAAUACAUUUUGAGUCUUGAAUUUCUAAGGGCCUCUUGAAAAAUUAGUGCAAAAGGGUCCAACAAUGGCCUAUGGAAAAAGGAGCACAUCCACAUCCAUACUAGAGGGCUUCUCUUUAAACCCUCUGCCGUACCCAGUUCUUCUUAUUAUGGCAGUCACUUUUAUCUUUCUUGGCACGAAAUGGUACUUUUCCUUUGAGGAAGUUGUGGAAAGUGCUGAGGAACAGAUAAAUUGGGUACUUUUUGUGGUACCUAUACUUCUUAUACUAAUCGUUCGUUGGCUUUCAUCUAUGGAAGAUUCCGAUAGUCUCUUUGGCAUGUCACCUUGGGAGCGGCGGAGGCGGACCCACCACCGCCCUUCGGAGGGAAGCUCGCCGUGGGGUGUGGCUGCUUUCAUUGUGUUGUUGCUAAUUUUGUUGCAGUACCAAUCUAUCUUCCGUGAUAGCUGGUUAAUAUAGUAAUAGUAGUAUAGUAGUAUACA